AUGGACGGGUACGGUCAAAGGUCUUACGGUGGUGAUCGGAGAUUCGAGAUUGUAAGUGGCAAGAGUUUAGCGGCUGCCAACCAGAUCUACUCGACGCCCGAUCCGCCACCGGUUCCGGCUCGCGCGACCAGGCAGAGUCGGACCACGUCAACGCCCUGGAGUUUUAGCGAUCCUGAGAUGAAGCGGAAGAAGAGGAUUGCCAAGUACAAGGUUUACACAGUGGAAGGCAAGUUCAAGGCUUCUUUCAAGAACGGGCUGCGUUGGAUCAAGAAUAAGUGCUCUGAGAUCAUCCAUGGAUAUUGA